UUAUAUAAUAUCAAAAUAAUGACAAAAAGAAGUGAAUUAAGUGCUAGAACUUGAAGAGACUUUAAUCUGUUAUUCAACAAAAUGCUAGUACACUCAAAAUUAUACACAUAUUAAGGGUGUUUUCAAAUUUAGUGAAUGACAAUCAUGGUUAGGGAAGAAAUUACUUGUCUGUGAUUUUCCAUUUAAGAAAAGUCCUGCAUUAUGGAUCGCCACUGAUUAUUAUUAUAUACAAAAGACACAAAAUGUGAGGUUUGAAAUUCCACAGAGAUAGAAAUAUGUAAAAAUAGAAUGAAAAGAUACGAAUGAGUUGUUGAACUCAUGGAAUUGUACUUACACGUUAAGCCACCGGAUGUCGCUGUCUUCCACAAAAUGGCUUUUCAGAACAAAGGCAUAAUCCUGUUUCUCAAGGACUAGGAAACAGCUACGUUCGGAGAUCUCAGUCGUUUCGAUAAAACUGGAUUUAAGAAUAGAAUAGGAAAAUUUAGAGCGUGUGGAUGUGUUCUAGACGGGCAAGCCACUGAUUUUUAAAACAGGAGAAAGAUAUGUUGUUCUAUAGGCUCAGCGGACCGAGAACCCAGCGUCUGCUUCUCUCAUUUCUGCUCGUCGCAGCCUGGGAGGCGGGGAGCGGUCAGGUCCACUACUCCGUCUCCGAGGAGGCCAAACACGGCACCUUCGUGGGCCGCAUCGCGCAGGACCUGGGGCUGGAGCUGGCGGAGCUGGUGCCGCGCCUGUUCCGGGUGGCGUCCAAAGGGCGCGGGGACCUUCUGGAGGUAAAUCUGCAGAAUGGCAUUUUGUUUGUGAAUUCUCGGAUCGACCGGGAGGAGCUGUGCGGGCGGAGUGAGGAGUGCAGCAUCCACCUGGAGGUGAUUGUGGACAGGCCGCUGCAGGUGUUCCACGUGGAGGUGGAGGUGAAAGACAUUAACGACAAUCCGCCGGUCUUCUCCGCCUCAGAACAAAAGCUCUCAAUUCCCGAAUCUCGACUGCUUGACUCUCGCUUUCCUCUAGAAGGCGCAUCUGAUGCGGAUGUUGGAGAGAACGCAAUGCUUACUUACAGACUCAGUCCCAAUGAGUUUUUCACGCUCGAUAUUAUAAACAAAAAGGACAAAGGCAAAUUCCCGGUGCUUGUUCUACAAAAACUGCUGGAUCGUGAAGAAAAUCCUCAGCUUCAGUUGUUAUUAACUGCAACUGAUGGAGGCAAACCUGAACUCAAGGGGUCUGUUACACUGCAGAUCUCGGUAUUAGAUGCCAAUGAUAACGCACCUAUAUUUGACAGAUCCAUUUAUGAAGUUAAGAUGUAUGAAAAUUCAGCCAACCAAACGUUGGUAAUAUGGCUAAAUGCUUCUGAUGCGGAUGAAGGAAUAAACAAGGAAAUAAUAUAUUCAUUUAGCUCUUUGGUCCCACCUAACAUAAGAAGGAAAUUUCUAAUGAAUGAAAGGACUGGAGAAAUAAGAGUAAAUGAUGCUAUUGACUUUGAGGAUAGUAACACUUAUGAAAUCCAUGUAGAUGUUACAGAUAAAGGAACUCCACCAAUGGUUGGUCACUGCAGUGUCCUAUUGGAAAUACUGGAUGAAAAUGAUAAUUCACCUGAGGUGGUAGUCACUUCUUUGGCUCUUCCGGUGCGAGAGGAUGCUCAAGUGGGCACCGUCAUAGCCUUAAUUAGCGUGUCCGAUCAUGACUCUGGCGCCAACGGUCAGGUGACCUGCUCACUAACGCCCCAUAUCCCAUUCAAACUGGUGUCCACCUUCAAGAAUUACUAUUCCUUGGUACUGGACAGCGCCUUGGACCGCGAGAGCGUGGCCAAUUAUGAGCUGGUGGUGACCGCGAAGGAUGGGGGCUCGCCUUCGCUGUCGGCCACGGCCAGCGUGUCCGUGGACGUGGCCGACGUGAACGACAACGCGCCCACGUUCGCGCAGCCCGAGUACACGGUGUUCGUGAAGGAGGCGGACGCGCCACGCCAGCGCCUGCUGGUGCUGGUGAAGGACCACGGCGAGCCGGCGCUGACGGCCACGGCCACCGUGCUGCUGUCGCUGGAGGACAGCGGCCAGGCGCCCAAGGCCUCUUCGCGGGCGUCGACGGGCGCCGCUGGAGCGGAAGCGGCUCUGGUGGAUGUGAACGUGUACCUGAUCGUCGCCAUCUGCGCGGUGUCCAGCCUGUUUGUGCUCACGCUGCUGCUGUACACGGCGCUGCGCUGCUCGGCGCCGCCCAGCGAGGGCUCGUGCGGGCCCGGGAAGCCCAGGCUGGUGUGCUCCAGCGCGGUGGGGAGCUGGUCUUACUCGCAGCAGAGGCGACAGAGAUGUGCUCUGGGGAGGGACCGCCCAAGGCAGAUCUCAUGGCCUUCAGUCCCAGCCUUCCACCGUGUCCUCUACCAGCCAUAGAAGUGGAAGAACAGUCUACUGAAGGUGAUCACUGUAGUAAGGUAAGUUAUUGUUUAUUUUCAUAUUUUGCUUUGUGAAUAUUUUAUUUCAAUACUUUUCCACUCAAAUAUAUGUCACCUAGGAAUAUCACCAUACUUUGUCUAAAUAGUAUAUAUUUCUAUAAUAUCUCGAAUAUUUCUAGUAAUAUCUUCUGUGAUGUAGUUUAUUCUAGAAGUUCUCUUUAUAUUUUGUUGACAGUACCCUGUGCAUCAACUUUUGCUGGAUACUUCACUUUUUAACAAUACGCCAUUUAUUCUGAAUUCAUUUAUAGUUUCUGAUAUAAAUAUUUGCUGUAGCUUGCAGGGUUUGAUUUUUUCCAUAAAUCACUAUCAUUUUAUGUUACAAUAUUUGUAAGAAUAGUAUCUGUAAUUUUACUUAAUUUUUAAAUGUAAAAUUUGAAAUGGCCAUUACAUUAACAAAAAGACUUCUAUGAUCAGUUCCUGUCGCAAUGAAAAUGUAGAUUUUGCUCCCUAAGUAAACAACAAAUAUGUGUACUGUGACAUACUUUAGAAUGCAUUCUUGAACUCAAGAAUUUACACUUUAUUCUUAAUAGUAGAGUAUGUAGACUGGAAGAUCAUUCAUAAAAAGUCCUAAUUUAUGGAAA